AUGGAUCUGGUCAAGAACCCUUUCCUUUUGACACUCUGCCUGGAGGCCCUUCCCGAUGCUGUUAAGGGAAAGUCCGAUCUCUCGCGGCUCCGCGUCACUCGCGUUCAGCUUUACGACAGCUUUACUCAGCACUGGCUCGGAGUCAACAAACGUCGUCUGGAGGAGCACAGACUGCGCGAGGGCAAGCUUUUGGCGUUCGAGUGGUUACUGGAGGAUGGAUUUGAGUCAAACGGGAUCAAGUUUCAACAGAACCUUGCAGCGGCAAUCUUUCGGGAGCAGGAGGGCAGACCCAUUGUCGUCUACACCCCAAGGCGCUACAGAGAUUCAUGGAAGGCAAUGUUUUUCGGUCUCGCUCACGAUAUCUCUCUCUUACGCGACGCUAGUCUGUUGAGUCGAGUUGGGGCCCAGUACCGCUUUACUACUGACAGCAGGGACGAGUUUGCUCCGCAUCCUCUUUCCAACUCCAACGAUAUCCGCAAUCGCCCCCUUUCCCAGAGGAACCUUGUGCCGAAGCCCUCGAUCAUCCAGUUCUUGGCUGAGCGGGUGCAGCUGGACCCAGGGUUCAAGCAACGGCUUCUCAUAUUCAUUGAGCAGUCGAAGACCGACGUCCAUGCUGCUUGCGCCGCGGCCAACGCCAUCACGAUCUUGGUCAAGGCUGGAGUAUCAUUCAACGAAGCUGACCUUCGAGCGAUUCGAAUUCCAGGAGCUGAUUUGUCAGGCGGACAUUUCGGAUUGGCUCAGCUGCAAGAGGCCGAUUUGACAGGAGUCGACCUCACCAAGAGUUGCAUUCGACUGGCGGAUCUCAGCGAGGCGCGGAUGGAGGGAGUGCAGUUCGGGGAGUUGCCAUUUCUCAAGGAGGCCAGCUCUGUGAAGUCAACUGCUUACUCGCCGGACGGAAAGUCCCUUGCUGUGGGACUGGGGAAUGGCAUCAUCAACAUCUACGACACCGCCACCUGGACGAGGACGACUCACAGGUUGCUCGGCCACAGGAAAGAAGUCUCGGCUUUCGCCUACUCCUCUUCUGGUCAGAAACUUCUGUCAGGCAGCGAUGACUAUACCGUGCGAUUGUGGACUUCCCAGGCAGGAUCGAUUGAUUUUACCAUGCAUGGGCACUUGGGUUCUGUUGAGGCCGUAGCAUUUUCGCCUUUGGGCGGCCAAGUCGCCCCAGCCAGCGGCGACAUGACCCCCAUUCUCCUGAUGGUCUGUGGGUCGUUGCUGGAGAUGGCCUUGGCAUGUUGCAGCUUUGGGAGUCAGCAACUGGAAAAUCAGCAAAACAUUGGAAAGGCCAUCCGUCCGAGGAAGCACGGACGAAACCACGCGACUAUGGGAAGAGAGCCCGGCCUUAUGCUUCGAUGCGGCCCUCUCCAAAUUAACUGUGUGGCGAUUUCGCCAGAUGGUCGUCGAAUUGCCUUGGCCGGAUAUUCCGAUUUUAUCAAGAUAUGGAGUGUGGAAGCAGGCGUCGCCGAGGUCACCCUCCGAGGACACACGAAUAAUAUCGGCGCAGUUAUAUUCUCGCCAAAUAGCCAGUGGAUUGCCUCGGGAAGCUGGGACAACACUGUGCGCCUUUGGUGUGCUCGUUCAGGAACGCCUGGCCUGGUGCUUUCGGGUCAUAAUAACGGUAUUAUAACCUUGGCGUUCUCGCCGUGUGGACAGCAGGUCGUAUCGGGGAGCGAAGAUGGAACCGUUCGAGUCUGGGAAGUGAGUACUGGUGAAUCACGAGUCGAUGUGGAUGUUGGUCUCCGUAUUCCAGCCAUGGCCGUAACACACAUGCCAACUGGUGUACACGUCGCAUUAAGACGAUUUACGACCGAAGACGUGGAUCUGUGGAGCGAGGAGAGUGUGGAGGCCGUGCAUUCUUUGAAAAAUGGGCUUGGCGUAGAUAUCGCCACAUUUUCAGCGUGCGGCCAGUGGAUUGCCACCGGCGUUGGUACCUCGGUGUGGCUGUGGCGCAUGUACUUGAGAGAUUCGGUGCAGGAGUGGAUUUGUAUUCAGAACAUUCGAGGCUUUCUUGAAGGCGUUGAGAGCAUUGCUUGGAGACCGGGUGCAUUGGAGUUUGUAACUGGUACUAGAGCUGGGUCUGUUCAAACCUGGGAGCUGGUUGAAGAGUCGAAUGGCCGAUUUUCUGCAAGAUCGGUAUGGAGCUCGGGAUACUCUGUCUUUGUCGCGACGGACGCAGUUGUAGUUAGUGCGGUUGGUCUCAGUGCGAUGAACCAGAGACUGCUCAAGCAGCGCGGUGCCAAGGACGGAUCGUCGUCUUCCUAG